GCUUUGUAACUGCAAGACUAUACUUUAGGUAUCCAUGUCUCAGCUUCUUUAGUUGAAAGUCGGCAUGCUGACAUUUGCCACCUGCCGAUAAUCCUAGAUGAUCUUCUUUGGUGCAUUAUAAGCUUCUUAAGGGACUAUUACUGGAACCGGAUGCCAGCUCGCACGUGGAGAUGAUCCAUGUUGCAUAUAGGACUGAGAAAAAAGAGUUUGACGUGGACACCCUCAGUAAAUCAGAACUCCGUAUGCUCCUCAGCGUGAUGGAAGGGGAGCUGGAGGCCAGAGACCUGGUCAUCGAGGCCCUGCGGGCUCGCAGGAAGGAGGUGUUUGUCCAGGAACGCUAUGGAAGGUUUAAUUUAAAUGACCCGUUCCUGGCACUGCAGAGAGACUACGAAGCAGGUGCUGGCGAUAAAGAGAAGAAGCCAGUCUGUACCAACCCCCUCUCCAUCCUGGAAGCAGUCAUGGGCCACUGCAGGAAAAUGCAGGAGAGGAUGUCCGCACAGCUGGCUGCUGCUGAGAGCAGACAAAAGAAGCUGGAGAUGGAAAAGCUUCAGCUACAAGCCCUUGAGCAAGAGCACAAGAAGCUGGCCUCCCGCCUGGAGGAAGAGCGAGGCAAGAACAAGCAUGUGGUCCUGAUGCUGGUCAAGGAGUGCAAACAGCUCUCCGGCAAAGUCAUAGAUGAGGCCCAAAAGCUAGAAGAAGUAAUGGCCAAACUGGACGAAGAAAAGAAAAGGACCAGUGCAUUAGAAGAGGAGCUCUCUGCUGAGAAACGAAGAAGCACAGAAAUGGAAGCCCAGAUGGAAAAACAGCUUUCUGAGUUUGACACUGAACGCGAACAGCUUCGUGCCAAGCUGCACCGAGAAGAAGCACACACCACUGACCUCAAAGAGGAGAUAGACAAGAUGAAGAAAAUGAUUGAGCAGCUGAAAAGGGGAACUGACAGCAAACCAAGCCUCUCUCUCCCCCGGAAGGCGAAAGAUAGGCAUUUGGCCUCUAUAUCUGUGGGAACAGAAGGACCUAUGACAAGAUCUGUUGCUUGCCAGACAGACCUACCGACAGAAGGCGCUGACCACGUGAAGAAGUUGUCCUUGACUGUGCCUGUAAAGCCUUCCACAGGGAGCCCCCGAGUUUCUGCAAGUGCGAAAGGGAAUGUGUGCACCAGUGCCACCUUGGUCAGACCGGGCAUUGACAGGCAGGCUUCCCAAGGUGACUUGAUUGGCUCCGCUCUGCCCACUGUCUCAUCUCCAAGUGCAAAUAGAAUUGAAGAAAAUGGACCCAGCACUGGUUCAACACCAGAUUUAACAAGCACAACCCCACUUCCCAAUAACGCUGCCCCUCCCACCCUGCAGACACUAGGCACAGCUCCCCAGAGCUAUUCGCAAGCUCCGCCUGUGCACAGUUUACACUCACCGUGUGCCAACGCGUCUCUGCAUCCAAGUCUAAACCCACGCGUCCAGGCAGCUAGAUUUAGGUUCCAGGGCAAUGCUAAUGACCCAGACCAAAAUGGAAAUACCACCCAGAGUCCUCCAUCAAGAGAUGUCUCUCCUACAAGUCGUGAAAACCUAGUGGCCAAACAACUGGCUCGGAAUACUGUGACCCAAGCGCUGUCAAGAUUUACAGGCCCUCAAGCGGGAGCACCCCCAAGGCCUGGAGCGCCCCCGGUGGGGGAUGUUGGCACCUACCCUCCUGUUGGUCGGACCAGUGUAAAGACUCCCGGUGGAGCACGAGUUGACAGAGGCAACCCUCCUCCUAUCCCUCCAAAAAAGCCAGGGCUCUCCCAAGCUCCUUCUCCACCCCACCCCCAACUCAAAGUUGUUACGGAUAGCAGCAGGGCCUCCAGUGCUGGCGCCAAAGCGGAUAACAAAACUGUGGCUUCAGCGCCUUCCAGUUUACCGCAAGGGAGCAGGGUCCUAAGUGAGGAGAAUCUCCCUAAAUCCUCCUCUCCUCAGCUGCCACCAAAACCGUCCAUAGAUUUAACUGUGGCACCGACAGCCCUGGCCACGUCUCAGGUGGGUGCCUGGCCUGCUGAAACCCCCGGACUGAACCAGCCUGCAUGUUCAGAGCGUUCCCUUGUCAUUCCCACUACCAUUGCCUUUUGCUCUUCCAUAAACCCUGUUAGUGCCUCAUCCUGUAGAACAGGUGCCUCAGCAUCAGACUCACUUUAACCCACAGGCUGGUCACCCUCCCUAACCCCUUUGUUAAUGAGUGGUGGUCCUGCCCCCCUGGCUGGCAGGCCCACCCUUCUUCAGCAAGUUGCUGCCCAGGGAAAUGUCACUUUAUUAUCAAUGCUGCUUAAUGAAGAAGGACUGGACAUUAAUUACUCCUGUGAAGAUGGCCAUUCUGCCUUGUAUUCUGCUGCUAAGAAUGGACAUACAGAUUGUGUGAGAUUGCUGCUGAAUGCCGAAGCCCAAGUCAAUGCUGCUGAUAGAAAUGGCUUUACACCCUUGUGUACUGCAGCUGCUCAGGGACAUUUCAAGUGUGUAGAAUUACUAAUUCCAUAUGAUGCUAACAUUAACCAUGCUGCUGAUGGAGGACAGACACCUCUAUACCUGGCCUGUAAAAAUGGAAAUAAAGAAUGCAUUAAACUCUUGUUGGAAGCUGGAACUGACCGAAGUGUAAAAACCAGAAAUUGCCUAGAAAUUCUGUGUAGGCAUGGCGGGCUUGAGCCAGAAAGGAGAGAUAAGUGCGGUCGGACUGCACAUGAUGUGGCCACUGAUGACUGCAAGCAUCUGCUGGAGAAGCUGAAUGCUCUUAAAAUACCCUUAAGGAUUUCAGUGGGUGAGAUUCAACCAGGCAACUAUGGUUCCGAUGACUUUGAAUGUGAAAAUACAAUAGGUGCUCUAAGUAUCCGCAAACAGACAUCCUGGGAUGAUUUUUCAAAAGCAGUGAGUCAAGCUCUGACAAGUCAUUUCAAAGCCAUCUCUUCUGAUGAAUGGUGGAGUCUGGAAGAUGUGACGGACAAUAACACCACUAGCUCCAGCAUCGGCCUCAGUGCAAGCAGUGUGCAAUCCAUCAUGCUAGGAGAUGUGCCAUGGUCAGUGGGUCAGAGCCACACCCUGCCCCUGUGGGACUUCAUGAAAAAGAAUAAAGCAGAGCAAGUCACUGUGCUUUUGUCAGGUCCUCAGGAAGGCUGCCUCAGUAGUGUGACGUACACAUCUAUGAUCCCUCUUCAGGUGCUGCAGAACUACCUAAGGCUGGUCGAGCAAUAUCAUACUGUCAUUUUCCAUGGCCCAGAAGGAAGCUUGCAAGAUUACAUAGUACAUCAGCUUGCACUCUGCAUGAAGCACAGAGAGAUGGCUGCAGGAUUCUCUUGUGAGAUAGUGAGAGCUGAAGUGGAUGCUGACUUCUCUAAGGAGCAGCUAGUAGACCUGUUCAUCAGUAGCGCUUAUCUGAUCCCAGUGAAACAAUCUCCUGUUAAUAAGAAAAUCAUCAUCAUCUUAGAAAACUUGGAAAAAGCUUCACUGUCUGAGUUAUUGGAAGAUUUCUUGGCACCUCUGGAAAAUCGCAGCACUGAAAGCCCCUGUACUUUUUCAAAAGGAAACGGAAUGCCGGAAUGUUACUACUUUCAUGAGAACUGCUUUCUGAUGGGCACCAUUGCCAAAGCCUGCCUCCAGGGCUCCGACUUGCUGGUGCAGCAGCAUUUCCGCUGGGUGCAGCUGCGGUGGGAUGGCGAGCCCAUGCAGGGCCUGCUGCAGAGGUCCUUAAGAAGGAAAGUUGUGAAUAAGCUCCGAGGUCGGGUGCCCUCUCCCUGCGAUCCCAUGUGCAAGACGGUGGACUGGGCCCUGGCCGUCUGGCGCCAGCUCAACUCCUGCCUGGCCCGCCUGGGCACACCUGAAGCACUUCUGGGGCCAAAGUAUUUCCUGUCGUGUCCUGUCGUCCCAGGACAUGCCCAAGUGACAGUGAAGUGGAUGUCUAAGCUGUGGAAUGCUGUCAUUGCACCCAGAGUUCAAGAAGCAAUAUUGUCAACAGCCUCAGUGAAAAGACAGCCUGGCCUUGUGCAAACAACUGCCAAGAAGCACCUUAGCCAAGGACAGCGGACUGUGGUGAAAGCUGCUCUCAGCAUCUUGCUCAAUAAAGCCGUUCUGUGUGGCUGUCCCCUCCAGAGAGCAGAGCUCCACCAACAUGCAGUUGAUUUCAAAGGAGGAAGUUUCCCUUUGUUCCUAGUUUCAAGUUACAACAGUUGUAGCAAGAAGAAAGGAGAGAGUGGUGCCUGGAGAAAGGUGAGCACCGGUCCUCACAAGAAAUCUGGCCAUUUCUCUUCCCCCACCUGGAAGAAGCCAGUCCUGAGUGAGAAAGGUAUCAAAAAUACGGCUAGAUCACAGCUGAACUGUAACAGAAGUGCUUCUCUGUCAAAACAAAAGUCUUUAGAGAAUGACCUGUCGUUGAGGUUGAACUUGGAUCCAAGACUCUGUCUGGAUUCGGAUGAUGAAGCAGACCUUGUCAAGGAACUUCAGAGUAUGUGCUCCAGCAAAUCUGAGUCUGAUAUAAGCAAGAUUGCAGAUUCCAGGGAUGAUUUAAGGAGAUUUGAUAGUCCAGGAAACAACCCUACAUUUUCACCAACUGUUCAUAAUCUAAGAAUGCCAGUGUCACAAAAGGUCAGUCCUCUCAGCAGCCAUCAAACCACCGAAUGCAGCAACAGUAAAUCAGAGACUGAGUUGGGUGAUUUAAGAGUUAAAUCUUUCCUUCCUGUUCCUAGAAGUAAAGUUACACAGUGUUCCCAGAACACCAAAAGAAACAGCAGCAGCAGUAAUACAAGGCAAAUAGAAAUAAACAACAACUCAAAAAACGAGAUUUGGAACUUACACCAAAAUGAACACGUAGAAAAAUCUAACAACUAGGCCUGCCUACAAUAUUCUCACUCUUAACUUCUGUAAAUUUCAAACAGAAACCAAGGACAACAAGAUGUAAAUACCUUCAAAUGCAUAAAAUAUUUUCACAUAAUA